AUGGUUAUUAUACCGGAGGAUGAGCCACUUAUGGAUGUUGAUCCUAUUUCUGUCGUAUAUUCAGAAAAUAGUCAGAGCCAUGGUCGUGGUUGUGGUCGUGGUGGUGGCUGUGACCAUGGUCGUGAUCAUGGUCAUGACUGUGGUUGUGGUCGACAAAAUUGUAGUUUAAGAGACCAGAGAAACUUUCAUGAUGGUGAAGGUGCCCAAAAUAAUGAAACAAGAAUGGUUAUUAUACGAGAGGAUGAGCCGCUUAUAGAUGCUGUUCCUAUUUCUGUCGUAUAUUCAGAAAGCAGUCAGACAUAUGGUCGUGGUCGUGGCCGUGGCCGUAGCCGUGGUCGUAAUCAUAGUUGUGGUCGUGGCCGUGGUCGUGGUAGACAAAAUCGUAGCUUGAGAAACCAGAACACAAACACUAUAUGGGAUAGUCAUAUGUUUUCAAAUUCAAUGAUUGAUUCAACAAGUGCUCAAGCUGGUCAUACUCACUUUAUAUCUACUGAGGAAAAUGCACCAAUUCAACCAUCUUCUGCAAACAAUGUGGAAGUUGAAGUUGUUAAUUUAGAGAAUGAUAUUGAAAUAGAUGAAACUGAUUUUCAAAAUCAAAUUGCUUACAUCAACCGUUAUUCUGGUACGGAUAAUGGUUCUAAAUAG